AUGGCCAGAAAAAAAGUGAGUAAAAGAUUCUCAUUAAUAAGGCUAUUCAGCGUAUGUUUAUAUUCCGUUUUUUUUCGUUUUUUUACAUCGCUGAAUUGCGUAUUUGAAGUAAAAAACGGAAAAAAAAACAUUUUUUUCACAGCCUGAAUAGCCCCAUAAAAUUUAUUAAAAUUCAAGGCCAGUCUCAACCUUCCGAAAAGACGCAAAUCGCAGCCGCAGAAAGAGAUUGUCGACACAGAAGUAUAUGAAGUUGACGAGAUUAUAGGACACGUAAGAUUUUGUUUUGAUCUCAACAAGUUGAAAAUUGGUUCAUUUUAUCAGAAAUUGGUAGGAGACACGAUAUUCUACGAAAUAAAAUGGAAGGGAUACAGCGCCGAGCAUGACACGUGGGAGCCGGAGUACCGUUUGACAUGCGACAAAAUACUGCUGAAUUUCGUGCUGCCAAAAUUGGACGAUAAUUACAUACAGUCCUUAGCUAAUAAUCUAAAGAAAAUUGACACAAUCCAGAGCAAAUACACGAAUGUCCUUAGUGAGAAUUCGAAAAAAAAGAAACUGAAUAAAUAUAAACUUCAGAACUAAUUUCUCCGUUGGCUUCCCUUGGGCAGAAUAUGAUUCACAGCAGUUCUGCCAAGUUCGUUGACACGGAUACCGUCGGAAGCAAAGUGCUUUUGCUGAAAUAUUUGCGCGAUCACGAUCAGACAUACGUGCUCCAUAGCGCUCGUGGUCCCCCGCCGGACAAUGAUCACCAUUUCAAGCGAUAUCUUUAUGAACUUCGUCGAAUGAAAGCCAUCUUUCUCGAGUAUCCCGCCGUCGAAAUCAUUAUCCCGGCCGAUUUAGAGAAUGUUUACUAUGCGCCACCACCGCUCUGCAACCUUCUUCUUCAACCGGUCACUGAGGGAAUGUUCGAGAAACGAUCGAACUUGAAAGAAGUAUUCGUUCCAAAGUCCAAAGAUUUGGGAUUCAACAGUGUACGUUAUUUUGAAAAUGUGAUGGCUGUAUUCAAUUUUUGUAGAUUCAACCAUUCAUAGACCCAUCCUACCUGAAAAAAAAGCAAUUGGAGGAGGAUCCAGCAUACUUCAGACUCGCCGAACCGUGCGAGAAGAAACGACGCCUUGCUGGGAUGAUCAGAGAGUGCAACAAGUGAGAAUUCAUUUUUCGAGUUGUUCGAACUAUAUGAUCAGAAAUCAUGUCCGCUUCUACACGAAUUUGAAACUGGUGCAAGAGCAGACACGUGGAUGGAUGCUCCAGGCUGCCUAUGACAUCGAUGAGGACACUCCGCUCGUGAUAAUGAGCGGUGUGAUCCGUCCGUCCGUCGCCGCUCACAAUUCGCUCGUGACGGAGGGAGAGCAUGCGGCUUUUGGCUCGUUUAUCGAGAUUCCGGGGACAGGAACCUGUCUGGAUCGCCGCCAGUUCUACGACUUCUCCAAAUUCAUCCCGCACAGUGUAUUUGCAUUGCAGUCUCCUGACGAAUCGUCUGACUAUUGCCCUUUCAGUGCAACCCGACGUGCUCCGUCCGGCUCGUCAAAAACGAGGCAAAGUUUCCGGAUCUCGUCGUCUACGCCCGUGUGCCAAUCAACGCCACCAACUUCUUCUCGAUUUCACUCGACUAUUACAAGGGAUUCGACAGAGACGUCAAGAGAUUCUUCUACAGAAAUAGCCACGCAGGUAGAAGGGCUAAGGCUUAAUGCUCACAGAAUACUUUUUGAGAUGGGAAGAUUUUUUGUCUGUACGAGAAAAACAUCGGCUUCGUCCAUUGCCAGUGCCUUUCCCUGAAGUGCCGCGACGUGCUCUACAUCGACAGGUCUCUGCUAAGAAAGGAGAAGACAGUGAAAAAAACGCAGAAGCUGUCGCAGGUAUUUCGGAAUUAGCAGCUUCUUUGAAACGCUCGCCCAAUUUUCCAGCUCGAUCCAGAAUUCCAAUUCCACGGAAUGCAACUGGCUGAAUCGGAUCGAAUUUGGGAAAUCAAAAACGGAAAGUUCGUUGAGGAAUAA